AUCGAGUUACUUCUAUUGUGAACUUCCCGUAUCGUUUAGGUAUUCUUUGUAAUACGCAUCAGUGACUCAUUCGCAAUCAUAACAAACAAAACGAUCUUAACAAACGGUAUCGUCCCAGUAAGCACAGCUUUCUUUAAAACAUCAUGGCAGAACGCGAGCCUAUUAGUGGCUCUAGCCGAGAUUACGGCGCCAUCGCCACGCCUCCCACUGUUGGAUUUGCUGACUUCAGUCCCACAGAGCUGUACAAUCUCAGCGAAGGCAUUGCUGAUAAUGUCAACAGCAUCAACACCGGUCUGCGGUCUCUGGAGAAGAUGAUGAAGCAAAUUGGAGGGCCUAAUGAUAAUCUACAACUUAGGGAUAAAAUUCACGACACUCAGCAGACAGUGAACGGGUCAGUGUCAGCGACGGCGCGCGACAUCCAGCGGCUCGGGGUGGUGGCGCGGCGCGGAGACAAACCGCAAAAGUUACAAGUCGAGAGGCUCACGCAGGCCUUCAAGGAUGCACUUGCCAAGUACUCUUCAGUACAGAAGCAAGUGUCAGAGAAGAUGGCGGCCCACAUGCCGAAGCAAGCUCGUAACCGCAACGAUCCGUCCUUGCUUGAGCGCCAAGCCAUCGCCGACGACGAGGAGUCAGCGUUAUUGGAUAACCAGCAAGCACAGGCGCGUCUUGUCCAGUUCGAGACGAACAUGUUGUUAGAAAGAGAGCAGUAUAUACAUAAGAUAGAGGCCGACGUGCUAGACGUCAAUCAGAUCAUGCAAGACUUGGCCAGUCUAGUCCAUCAACAGGGACAAACCGUAGACACGCUCGAAGGUCACAUAGAAGACGCCAGCGCCAACGUCGAGUCAGGCGUUGACCAACUAGCCAAGGCUGAACAGCACCAACGCAGCUACAGGAAGAAGAUGUUCAUCCUCAUCAUCAUCGGCAGCAUCGUUGCCAUCAUAUUCAUCGUCUGGGUCAUCAAGGCCUUUAGAUAAAGUGACCAGUCUACGAUUUUGUUCUUUGGAGGUUUGUUAUACACUCUGGCAUAGUGGUCGUGUAAAUGGAAACAGGUGAAUCACGCCUAAAAACGUAGGCGCGUUGUGUUGACUACCCAGAAAUAUAAUUUCACGUCGUUUUCGACUGAUAAGUUGGAUGUGUUUCAGAUAAAGGAAACAAGUAAAUCUCGUCAUUAUGGUAAGCGACAAAGUUGGACCUUUGAUUAGACUUCGACAUACAUAUGAAGGGAUUGUGGUAGUUGUCACAGCGAGUAGCUACAUUUCCUUUUUCCAAGAAAGUCAUUGCCCCAUUGUAAAUUCAUAUAUCUGUUAGUUUAAGUAUUGCCUACGAAAAACUAAUUAUGAUAGCGUAAGAUUGAUUUUUUGUUGUGAUAAUGUUUAGUGCCAAGUACGAACUGCAUGUUUGAUUACUUGCAGCUGAUAUGUUACAUCUUGAACUAGAGCUUGUAAAAGAAUGACAGAAAUACAGAAUACGCUGAGAAGAAUGUUUCACUCAAGGGCCCAUUUAGACGGUACGAGAACUCGCAUACGAGUUUUAUUACAAUGUGUUUGAUGGCUGUGCAAAAUUGUAUGUAACUUCAACAGCCCGCAAUGUAACUAUAAUCACAAGCGAGUUCGCACGCGCCGUCUAAAUCAGACCUAAUGCAUUCAAGCAGUAUGUGUAAGACGCAACACUUGAAAAUAACGUUUUGAAUAUCAUUGGUUAUCUUAUAUCUGUGUAAUUAACCUCACAAUGUGAAGGUAAUAUCAUUCAUGUAAUCUACUUCAAAAACUGUGAUUUAUAAAUACUUAUAGUCCAUUGUCUUAUUUAUUUCAUCUUUAUGUAAUGCGUUAAAAAGUGCAUGUCUUUUUAUAACUGUAUACUUUAUUCUUUACUGAAUGUGCACGUGUUAAUUACAUAUAUUAUGUUUUUAUUUCUAGUACAUAUUGUAUGUAUGUAUGUAUAAGCUUUAUUGUACAUAAAGGAAACAAAAGAGACACAGUUACAGAGUCAGUAUUGUGCUACUUAGUAUUCCGCAAUGCGUAUAUUCUUUAAUGGGUCAUAUAUAAUGUACCUACUGUAUAUACUGUUUAAGAUAGACGUGCGAAUAGGAAAUUCGUCACUCGUUCUGAACUCCCUCUUUUCCGCACUUGAAUGGUAAAAACUAUUAUAAUCCAUAGAAUUGAACUUUUCGAGUGUGAUCCUGUUACGCCAAUUGACCACUGAAUUUAAUACUACCUAAGUGGUUAGGUAUCAGAAAGAAGUCUACAUCUGAAUGAUAUCAGUUUUUGACUUAUAUCUCUUUACUAACAGGUACUUCCAAUUGCAAACGUUAUUUUAGUUAGUCAUAUAACUGUAUGCAUGACACUAUGUCACUGGAUUAAAAUGUUAAGUUUUUUUACAAUUUAUGAGUAUUAUCAGCUUAUGUAAUGAACUACAAUAUUGUGUAUUUAUAUAGCUGUGUAUAAGGCCUGAAUUAAUGUAGAAUUUUAUUGUAUAGAAAACAGAAGACUAUGUGAAGAAUGACUUUGCGAUUUCCCAUAGUUUUCCGCUGUCUAUGAUAGGUAAUGUAAUAAUGUUAUGUUAUAUUUAUCUAUUUUAGUUAGGAAUUCAUAGUCGAUAUAAUAAAUUAUAACUUUAUUAAAUUUUCAAUUUGA